UCCCGGCUUUGGAGCGCCCAGGCCGGCGACGGGUCGAGUUCCUCAAGGAAUGUGACUUCUGUCCUCGUGACUGCUCUGUUUCGAGUCGGCGGGGAUUUCAAGCGAGUUGUGCGAGCUCGUAAUGGAGUACUCAGUGAUGGACGAUGACUCUGUCAUCUCAGGAAUUAAGAGACGAGUAAAGGACAAAAGAAUUUCAAAGACAAAGUUGAAUGUCUCUCUUGCUUCAAAAAUCAAAACAAAAAUAAUAAACAAUUCUUCUAUUCUCAAAAUCUCUCUAAAGCACAACAACAGAGCAUUAGCUCAGGCUCUCAGCAGAGAGAAAGAGAAUUCUCGAAGAAUUACAACUGAGAAGAUGCUAUUGCAAAAAGAAGUAGAGAAACUGAAUUUUGAGAAUACCUUUCUUCGCCUGAAGCUAAAUAACUUGAAUAAGAAGCUUAUAGAAAUUGAGUCACUUGUGAACAAUAACUUGAUAACCGCAAUUGAAAUGAGCAGCCUUGCUGAGUUCCAUCAAAGUUCUUUUCUACCAUCAACCACCAAGAAGAAAAGGAUUAGUAAGCAGUGCAACUUGAUGCGUCUUCCAUUUGCAAGGGUUCCAUUAACUUCAAAUGAUGAUGAUGAGGAUGAUGGUGAUGGUGAUGAUGGUAAGCAGAAAGCACAAUGUAAGGACAGUGUCAUGUCAAGGACAACACCUGGUAUUCCUUCUUUGGUGUCAACAAGGCGACCUUCAUCAUCACCUCAGUGUGAUUUGAAAGUAUUGCUUCCUGAAGAAGAUAAUCAAAGUCCCUGUGGUUUACAUCAUUCAGAGCACACUUUCUCCACUGUUGAUGUACUUCCCAAAGAAAGCCAUCACCACACAGACCAAAGUUCCAGUUCUCUAGUGAGUGAAAUGAAAAUUACCCUCUCUACCAGCCCCAGAAGGGAGACACCAUCUCUCAGCAAUGUGACUGAACGGAAGAAGCGUGGCUCUUCUUGGGAGUCAAAGAAUCCUACUGAAGACACUCCCAGUGUGACAGAUUUAAAUCACCAACAGAUUUCAAAUUCAGGGUUAAAUUGGAAUAAUGAGAUAAAUGCUUGUACAAAUGAAAAAAAUGGUAGCCUUCACAGAGAUGGGCAGUGCUUUCCUGCCUUACCUUCUAUGUCUGCCUAUGACCCUGAUGCAGAGAACAUAAUUGAUGUUCAGAGUUCUGAUAACUUUCAGCUGCAAAAAACUGUGCAUGAACCUGCUGACAUGGAUUUAACUGCCAGCGAUGCAAGCAAAAUUAUUGCGGUUUCAAAAGGCAUUAAACAUAGAAGUAAGAAAAAGGCAAAUUGUGGAAUGGAAACUUUGAGGAAAGUGAAAGAUCCAAGCUCUGAAAAAAAGAGAGAAAGAGCAAAGAGAAAAUGUAAAAAUAAUAGUUCAGAUGAGGAUAAUAAGGAAAAGACUGAAAAUGGACCAGAAGGAAGGCCCAUUGUCAUAGAUGACAAAAGAGAUUCAGAAGGUCCAAAUUUUAUUUUCAAUACUGAACAGUUGACUCAAGCCAACACACUGAAGAAAAUAACCCUUCAGAAUGGCUUUGAUCAAGAUGACAAACAAAAUGUACAGUUUAAUAAAAGUAAACCAGUACAUAUAGCAAAUGAGCAAGAUGAAACAUACUGUUUCUCCCAAGUUUCAGAUCAAUUCCUUCAAGAGAGUCAAUUUGAUAUGUGUCAGAAUUCCCUAACAUGUAAUAAUAAAAGUAAAGUUUCUAGACAGACAUUUGUGAUUCAUAAGUUAGAAAAAGAUAGCCUAUUCUCAAACCCUAAGGAUAAAGACACUAUUUCUGAAGACCCAGAAGUUCCAAAUGAAUUUCCAACAGCUGAUCUCUCUGCUAGAGACAGUGAGAAUUUACAUGAGACCCAGAAGAUGCUGGAUUUAAAAAAAUAUGCCACUGUUACUCAGCCUGCUCUACAAAAUACAUCCAAAGUAACUAAGCUUAAGCAGAAAAUAAGUCGGAGGACAAAAAUAAUUUCUAAAACAAACCAAAUGUAUGAGGACAAUGAUGAAAAUGUGCAUGGAUCAGAGAAGGGUAACAUUUUUCACCAACCCCAAGAGAGUAAAGUGACUGUCUCUGGAGACACAGAAGUUUCCAGGGAGUUUCAAAUACCUGUUCUUUUCACAACAGAGCAUGGAAAUUUACGUGAGUGUGGGACCCAGAAUGGCUUGGGUUUGCAAAAUCAGAUCUCUGACACGUACCCUGUUCAGCAAAAUGAGUCAAAAAUCAGUAAGAACUUUAGGCAGAAAGUAAAUCGGAAGACAGAAAUAAUAUCUGAGGCAAAUCAUUUCAAUAAUGACAAAAGUAUGCAUUUCUCAGAAAAGGACAACUCUUUCUACCUACUAAAUGAUAAAGUUAUCCUUGGAAACCUAAACGAUGCCAGUGAUUUUCAAACUCCUGCUCUUUGUACCGAAGAUAAUGGAAAGCUCUGUGAUUACAAGACUCAUACUGUUUGUGGGAUAAAAACCCAUGCUUAUGAUUGUCAAAAUGAUUCAAAAAUCGAUCAAAAGCUUAGACAAAAGGUGCGUCAAAAGACAGAAAUAAUUUCGGUAGUCAACCAGAUAUAUGAGAAUGAUGAUAGAGGCGUACAUGACCUACAAGAAGACAACUUUUCUUUAACCAGAGAAGAUAGAGAAACUUGGUCAGAAAAACCUGCACAUGAAUUUCAAACUGCUGACCUUCCCACCAAAUAUGGGGAUUUAUGUGAUCAGAAGGCCCAAAAUGUUUUGGAUUUGCAAAAGCAUGUUACUAGUAUGCAACUUACUCAACCAGACGUAUCAAAGUUAAAUAAGCUUAGGCCGAAAGCUAGUAUGACAAAAAUCAUUUCUGAAAUGAACCACAUAUAUGAAGAUACCGAUGUUGUGAAUGGGCAAAACUAUACAAAUGAUCCUGAUUUUAAAAUAAACAAAUCUAAACAAAAACUUGAAUGCCAAGACAUUAUCAGUGGAUACUAUAUGGAAAUGAAUAAUUAUGAAAAUCGUGAUCAAGUUCCAGAUCCUCACAAACUAGUUAAAAAACGAAGGCAAAGGUCAUCAAGUAGAGCAAAGAACAGUUUGGUAAAAGAUAAAAACAGACCCAGUUUUCAGUUACCAGAUUCUUCAAAGGCGCCCAUCUCCUUCGGAUCCAGCUUAAAACAUGUCACUAAUUAUUCAGAUUCUAAUGCUGAAAACAACAUUAAACACCCAAAGAACCAGAAGCGAAAAACUGUAACUUUGAAUACAAAACGAGAUGCCCUGUGCUUGGAAGAGGUAAAAGAAGGAAACUGCCCAGCCAAAAAAGUUAGUAAAGUGACAUCCAAAUCAAAAUCAAGGAAGACCCUCUUUGAGCUCUCUUCAGUUGCCCUUCCGGAGCUAAUACCUGACACCAUUCACAAACAGUCACUUGACUCUGGACAAACUGAUAAGGAAAACUAUCUGGAGAAUGAUAAAAUUGUGAAAAUGAAGCCAGACCAUUGCACAAAGGUGGUUAAGCCUUUAUCUCAGAUCUGUUCGCCUAACAUACAAAAUUCUUCCUUUGACAGUAUAUGUGAGAGCUUAAUACCUUUGGGUAUUACUUCUAAUAAAAACUGGAUGAUAGAAGAAAAAUUUGCCCUAGUGAGCUCACCCAUCUUUCAAGUAAAUGAUGUUGAGCAUGAGAAGAUAAAAGAGGGGAAUCGUAAAGUCAAGCGGAGAACACAAAUCUCAGAAAUAGGUAGUAGAAUGUUCAAGGACUUGACAGAUACCACUUUUGUUUCAAGUAACACUGCUAAGUUUGACACUGAGUUAGAAGACCCACCUCCAGAGCUGGGAAGAAGAAAAAGAAAGUGUGCGCCUGUCAAUUUAAAAGAGCCAAGUCUUGCAAGGAAAAUGAGAAGAUGAGGUAGAUACCUGGAUUCUAUUUUCUCCAAGUUUUCAAAAGUAUGAAUCAGAGUAAAAAUGAAGACAGACCAGAAGAUGAACCAUUUGAGGACCAAGUUGUUUUGUUUUGUUUUCCUUUUUUGGCUGUUCAUGGACCUGUUUUUUCCAUUCUUCUUCUGAGAUAUGUGUGCAUAAAUAACUAUAUUGCAAAUAUUAAACUUUUGAAAG